GGUGGGCCAGCCUGGAAAACCCUCUGGACAGGAGUUGGGGAGUUGGGAAUGGGUUGGAGGGGCAGGGUCCUGAAUGCCGGGCUCUCCCCCAGAAGCCAAAGCUGAAGCCUGGGAAGUCGCUGCCCUUGGGAGUGGAGGAGCUGGGUCAGCUGCCGAAUACUGAGGCUUUUGGGGGCCGGGGGCCCAGGAAGUCCUUCCGAAGGGAGUUAGGCACCACCAAUGGGAACUCAGCCCUUCGCCGAGAGUCCCAAGGCUCCCUCAACUCUUCUGCCAGCCUUGACCUCGGUUUCCUGGCAUUUGUCAGUAGCAAAUCUGAGACUCAGAGUCACCGGAAGAGCCUGGGGGGCACUGAGGGUGAAAGUGAGAAUCGGGUUGGACGUUACUGCUGCGUAUAUCUGCCAGAUGGCACGGCAUCCUUGGCACUCAUCCGCCCUGGCUUAACCAUCCGCUCUAUGCUGGCCAGCAUCUGUGAGAAGCGAGGCCUGUCCCUGCCUGAUAUCAAGGUUUACCUGGUGGGCAACGAGCAGAAGGCCUUGGUCCUGGAUCAGGACUGCACGGUGCUGGCUGACCAGGAGGUGAAGCUGGAGAACAGAAUCAACUUUGAGUUGGAGAUCACAGCUCUGGGCAAAGUGGUCAGGAUCACAAGCAAAUCUUCCAAGCGCCUGAAGGAAGCCCUGCUACCCAUCCUAGGAAAACAUGGCCUGAGCCUGCAGCAGAUAUCAGUACAUCUGGUGAGGUCACGCCUGCCCCUAACAUUUCACACACAUUCACACAUACCUGUGCUUACAUUGGCUCAGCUCUCACCUAGGGCAUCGCACGCUAUCCUUUCUGGGCCCCCAGAGCAGGCAGGGAGGA